AUGGGUAACGGAAUAAAUAAGGUCUUGCCUGAUCUGUAUCUGGGAAAUCUCAAAGAUGCACGAGACCCGGAGCUGUUGGCGAAGCACAACAUCACCCACAUCCUGUCCAUCCAUGACACAGCUGCACCCAUUCUGGAGGACAUGACGUACCUGUGUAUAUCAGCUGCUGACCACUCGAAACAAAACCUGACUCAGUACUUCAGAGACAGCAUCAUGUUUAUCCAUGAGUCCCGACUGAAAGGACAAGGCUGCCUUGUCCACUGUGUGGCAGGAGUGUCCCGCAGCGUGACUCUGGUGGUGGCUUACAUCAUGACGGUGACGGGGCGUGGCUGGGUGGAGUCCCUGGCGGCGGUGAGGGCGGCACGGCCGUGUGCAGGGCCCAACCUGGGCUUCCUGCGACAGCUGGAGGAGUUUGAAAACACAGAACUGACAGAAUAUCGGGCCUGGUGGAAGGACCGAUAUGGGAAGAACUCGUUCAACGACGAGGAGGAGAUCGAAACUCUUUUUGCUAAGAAAUCCAACAGCAGCAACACCUUCACACCCAGCAUCCCUCCUGCACCGGGCACAAGGGGCACCUGAAGAACUGUCUUCUGUCCUGAACUGAAGCAGCUGAGGGACUGGUAGACCAUUAAACCCACUGAGACCAGACCAGCCUUCAUCCUCGAUCCUGCAGAGAAAAGACACAGCAGGAACUUUGUUGUGUAUCGAUAUGAUAUGUUGCACCUCAUGUUUUGGCUGUGGAGUCAUGUGAACGGGGGAAUUUUUAUGUCCUUAUCUCUCUCCCCGUCGUCAUGUCAUGUCCUCGCCUCUAACUGUCAAAACAACAUGCAAGGGCAGUCAAGCACAAAACCAAGGAAACAUGUACAUGCAGUCCACAGCGUGAACACACAUUUAGCAGCGUUCACCCUCCCUGUUAGUUACGUUAUGCUGUGUCUUCUACUUGAAAUAUGAGUAUUACUUUCUAUAGACGUUGUGGGAGCUGAAGAAUACUGUAUCUUCCAGUAAAACACUAUCACAAGCAAUAUUUAUUUAUUUAUUCAUCACUGUGUUAUUCCUUCAUGUUUAUUUUUGUUUGUGUUGUUUGUAAGUGUGCAGGGUCUAAUUAAGACUGUGUCAUUAUAGAAAGGAUUAACAAGUAAAUUAUGAUAACUUCAUAGUUCAUAACUUCAUUUUUCUCAAGUAAUUUUGCAUUUUAGGGGAGACACUAUAAGUGAAUAUUGUUACAAUUUUAACCAUAAGACCAUCAUGAAACUUCCAGAGGUGAUUACUAAUAUUUCCGCUUAUUU